CAACACUGCCAACCUGCCGUACAUCCUAACCGUUUUGGGGAUAUUUAUCACUCACAUCAUUUGCGUGUUUUUCUGUAUUCCAUUUGAAGCUUCACUGACAAUGAGACGAUCAGGUGGCGUUGUAUGGCUGAACACGGUGGUCGCCGUCGUGGCCACGGCGGCGAUGUUGACCGGUGUUAUGUGUAGAAAUCCGGUGCGUCACCUCGUCGGCGGAAAGGAGAGGUGGAAACCUAAUUUUAACUACACUGAUUGGUCACGUCAGCAGGUGUUCUACGUCGGCGACUGGCUUUAUUUCGUGUACGACAAGCAUUUGUUCAAUGUGUUGGAGGUGAAUGAAACGAGCUACAGCAACUGCACUGACUACGGAUUCAUCUUCAACAUCACUAGAGGCGCAGGACGUGAUGUGUUUGAGCUCACUCAGCCUAAACCAUACUAUUUCCUUGCAAGUGGUGGUUACUGCUACAAUGGCAUGAAAGUGGCUGUAAAUGUGGUUGAAUUCGUUCCUGCUCCUCAACCUUCUCCGGCAAUAAGCGGUUGCUAUAUGAUCAUAGGAAUCAAUCCACUCAUCUUAUCAAUCAUCAUCGCGGUAUGGGCCAUUUUCGUUUAAGAUCGGUAAAGAACAGGAACUAGACUGGUUUGAUUAGCUAUUAGUUGAUUAUGAUUAGUUAUAACAUUGAUCUAGAAAUCAAUUAUAGUUUGAGUUGGAUUAAGAAAAUCUUAGAUUUUGGAUUGGAAGUUUAACUGAUUGUUAUAAGGAUCUGAUUGACCCAUGGAUCAGUGUGCUUGAUUAUCUUACUUAAUUAAAUGCAUAUUAUUUUUGAUGUCAA